CCACUUCCUACUUCUUCUCUUUUCCUUUCCAUCUUGCUGCAUAGGUAGAGAGCGAUGCCUACCUGAUUCUUCUUAAUCCUCUCUCCCUCUCUCUCUCGCUCUCGCUCCCAUCCCUCAAAUCAGCACGGACAGCAGGCCUCUGGGCACGUGUGUGUCAGCAUUUAGCGCACCUUUAUACACGCAAGGUCGGCUUCGUCGGCCAAAGAUCACAAGAUCAGCUCUAGAUGUGCCGGUGCGCACUGCGAAUCUGCCCUUCCAGAUCGCCCUCGCAUUCGUCUUACCAUAGGUACUAAUAAGUACCACUUACACUCGUUUAAACACCCCCCAACGCCUAGACCGCUCACCCAAGCCUCAGUCGAAUUUCCCAUACCGCUACCAAACCGGGCCCAGCAGCGAGACUCUGGCCAUAACCUCACUGACCCAAAUAGGAACGCCAUCAAGCCCUGGCGACUGUUCCGCUCAUCCUAUAAAAAGGAGAGCCUCCUUCCCAACUCGGCGCGGUAAGGGCCAGACCGCAGAUCCGGUUAGCUGAGUUGAUGUAUCUCAACACACAAUAGCGGCUGGGGAUAAAGGCAAGAUGGGCAAGGCUCUGGGAUACGGUCUGAAGUGCUUGCUGUCGUCUCUCGUAAUCUCUCAGGCCCAAGCCUUCUACCUGCCAGGAUGGUCGAUCAAGAACUACAAGGAGAACGAGCAGCUUCCAUUACUUGUGAACAAGGUCUAUUCCGAUAACACGCAACUGCAAUAUGCCUACUACGACCUUCCGUUUGUCUGCCCACCGACGGGCAAAAGCCACGGCUCUGGUUUGUUGAGCGGGCAAAGUAUCUCGCUUAAUCUCGGAGAGGUCCUUCGCGGCGAUCGGAUUGUGGCUUCCGACAUCGAUCUCACUGUAGGACACGACAAGGAAUGUAGCUUCUUAUGCAACAAGCUCGUUACACGGAAAGAUUUGAGGAGAGCCAGGGAGCUGGUUAAAGAAGGGUAUGUGGUGGAGUGGAUCGUGGAUAACCUGCCUGGUGCCACCAGCUUCGUCACUGUGGAUAAGUCGAGAAAAUAUUAUGCGGCCGGCUUCAAGCUUGGCUUCACCGAUUAUUCGUCGAGCACCGGAAAGCCGCGCUACUUCCUCAACAACCACCACACCAUCGUGAUCCGAUACAGAGCGGCACCCGGCCGAGCUGGCGAGAAGGGCGGCAAGGUAGUCGUUGGUUUCGAGGUUUACACCAAGAGCAUUGGCGCCAGUGUAAAGCGGGAGAACGGCUGUCCUAAGGAUCUUCACGACGUCGAGGAUCACUUUGAGCUCUACAUGCCGCCCAACAGGACGGUGGAAUCCCAAACCAAGUACUCCUACUCAUCGUACCACCCCGAGGCCGACGAGGAAGGCGGCGACGACGAUCUGAUUAGCAUCCCCUACUCGUAUUCGGUGUAUUUCCGCGAGGACGAUUCGAUCGAGUGGAGUCGCCGUUGGGAUCUGUAUUUCAUCAACUCGGAGGAAGGGUCCAGAAUCCAUUGGCUGGCGAUCGUCAACUCGCUGAUCAUCUGCGGUCUCCUCACCGGAAUUGUCCUCCUGAUCCUGACCAAGACCAUCAGGUCCGACAUCAAGAGCUACAAGGAGGGUUCUGUCGAAGAUGGCAAGCUGCGACUUAAGCGUAAGGGCAAGGGCGGCAGCCGCAGCCCCAAGUCCGAGAAGGCUGGGUUCGGUCUCCUUGAGCAGGAAGGCGAAGGAGACAAGGAGACCGAUGCUGCAUCUGACGAUGAGGCUCUCGAAGACGUCACGGGCUGGAAGCUAUUGCACGCAGAUGUUUUCAGGAAGCCUGCCUACGGCCACCUUCUCGCACCUCUGGUCGGGUCAGGUAUGCAGCUCUUGUUCAUGGCUGUCGGUCUGAUCUUCCUAAGCGCCGUUGGCGUCCUAAAUCCCAGCUUCCGGGGUGGGUUCAUCAGCGCUGGCGUGGGCCUUUUCGUCUUCGCCGGCCUAUUCUCAGGCUACUUCUCAGCAAGGGUAUACAAGACAUUCGACGGAAAGCAUUUCGGGAAGAAUGCGCUAGUCACGGCGUGCCUGAUCCCCGGCCUCCUCUUCGGUCUGGUCUUCAUACUGAACCUCUUCGUCUGGGCGCAAGCCUCCAGCACUGCCAUACCGUUCGGUACUCUCGUCGUAAUUGUGCUCCUGUGGCUCUGCAUCCAGGUCCCGCUUGUUUACCUCGGCUCCUGGUUCGGCUUUGUCCGCACCGGCGCCUGGGAACAUCCUACGAAGACGGCCAAUAUCCCCCGACAGAUUCCCAACCAAGCGUGGUAUGCCAAGAACCUGCAAUCGAUUUUCCUUGCCGGCUUAGUUCCAUUUGCCGUCAUCUUUAUAGAACUUCUCUUCGUCUUCCAGUCGCUAUGGCAAGACAAGAGCGGCUACUAUUAUGUUUUUGGGUUCCUGGCUGUUGUAUCCGUUAUCCUCAUCCUUACCAUUGCUGAGGUCACGGUUGUGACAAUCUAUGUGCAGCUGUGCUCCGAGAACUAUCACUGGUGGUGGCAUUCCUUCUUUGUGGGCGGCGGAAGUGCUCUGUGGGUGUUCUUGUACUCCAUCUGGUACUAUUUCGCCAACUUGCAUAUAUCGGGCUUCGUGAGCUCAAUGUUGUUCUUCGUGUAUAGCUUCAUGGCCUGCUGCGUGUACGGCCUUCUCACCGGCACCGUGGGCUUUCUCACUGCCUACGCUUUUGUCCGGCGAAUCUACGGUGCUAUUAAAGCGGAUUAGACCCUUGAUUGGCAAGGAAACGAGGCGACAUGAGGGAGAAGGACUCAAUACAAAGAAUGUUUCGUGUUAAUGGCUGAUCGGUAGCGGGUUAUGAGGUGGUAAUCGCUCAAAGUAGGCUCAGAAUGUGGGCACGUAAUCUAACUCGCUGGCAAAUUACAUGUAAAUAGACAGGCCGAUACAGAUCGCCAGGGAAAGCAGAGAGAUGAAAAAAAGAAUUAUACCCAAGACUACUCCACG